UCCAUUCACCACACAACUUCGCCGGCUGAACAGACUCGCUGGGCUCGGCAAAUCUUGCUAACCUAAUUCAGAAAGCAAGCGCCACAGCACUCUGCCUGCCUCCUUUGCUCAGCAUAGCCUUUUCAGGUGAACCAGAAAACGGCUGUUUUUAUGAGCAAAUAAGAAAAACAGGAAUCAUGAUGGGAAUGUAUUUAACAGAUCCGGUCCUGGAUAAAACUUAAAGCCAGUUCCUCUUCAACAUAGUGAAAAGGUCACCUUGCCUGGCUGAGAAAAGCAGCAAAAUACCAGCGUGUCGGUUUCUGUUAACAUCCUAGCCCUGGCUAGCCUCUCUGCCUAGAUGUUCGAGCAAAUUUGGGAUAUCUAGCUCUAAAGAGAGACAUCCUGUACUCAUGGUAGAUGAUAAAGAAAAGAACAUGAAAUGUCUCACCUUCUUCUUGAUGCUUCCAGAGACAGUAAAGAACAGGUCCAAGAAAGGUUCAAAGAAAACAAACAGCAGCAGCGGCGGCGGCAGCGGCGGUGGCGGUGGUGGCGGUGGCGGCGGCGGCAGUAAGUUGCCCCCAGUUUGUUAUGAAAUAAUUACCUUGAAGACUAAAAAAAAGAAAAAGAUGGCUGCUGAUAUAUUCCCCCGCAAGAAACCAGCCAGCUCCAGCAGCACCACUGUCCAGCAACACCAUCAGCACAAUCUCUGUAACAACAACCUCAUCCCGGCCCCCAACUGGCAGGGUCUUUAUCCCACCAUCAGAGAAAGAAAUGCAGUGAUGUUCAAUAAUGACUUGAUGGCAGAUGUCCAUUUUGUGGUUGGGCCACCAGGUGGGACUCAGCGGUUGCCAGGACACAAAUACGUCUUAGCUGUUGGGAGCUCAGUGUUCCAUGCAAUGUUUUAUGGAGAACUUGCUGAGGACAAAGAUGAAAUCCGAAUACCAGACGUUGAACCUGCUGCUUUCCUCGCCAUGCUGAAAUACAUCUAUUGUGAUGAAAUUGACUUGGCUGCGGACACAGUGCUGGCCACGCUGUAUGCUGCCAAAAAGUACAUAGUUCCUCACCUUGCCAGAGCCUGUGUCAAUUUCCUGGAGACCAGCCUGAGCGCCAAGAACGCCUGUGUGCUCCUGUCUCAGAGCUGCCUGUUUGAGGAGCCGGACCUCACACAGCGUUGCUGGGAGGUGAUUGAUGCUCAAGCCGAGUUAGCACUCAAGUCCGAGGGGUUCUGCGACAUCGACUUCCAGACGCUCGAAAGUAUCCUACGCAGGGAAACGCUGAAUGCCAAAGAAAUAGUGGUUUUUGAGGCAGCCCUGAACUGGGCUGAAGUAGAAUGCCAGCGGCAGGAUCUGGCCUUGAGCAUUGAAAAUAAGCGCAAGGUCCUAGGAAAGGCCCUGUACUUGAUCCGCAUCCCCACCAUGGCCCUGGAUGACUUUGCAAAUGGUGCUGCGCAGUCUGGGGUAUUAACUCUCAACGAGACUAAUGACAUCUUCCUCUGGUACACUGCGUCCAAAAAACCAGAACUGCAGUUUGUGAGUAAAGCCCGAAAGGGCCUAGUCCCCCAGCGCUGUCACCGGUUCCAGUCAUGUGCCUAUCGGAGCAACCAGUGGCGCUAUCGGGGUCGCUGUGACAGCAUCCAGUUUGCAGUUGAUAAGAGGGUGUUCAUCGCAGGCUUUGGGCUGUAUGGCUCCAGCUGUGGCUCUGCAGAAUACAGUGCCAAGAUUGAACUCAAACGGCAGGGCGUUGUCCUGGGCCAGAACUUGAGCAAGUACUUUUCAGACGGAUCCAGCAAUACCUUCCCUGUGUGGUUUGAAUAUCCGGUGCAGAUUGAGCCAGACACCUUCUAUACAGCCAGUGUGGUGCUGGAUGGCAAUGAACUCAGCUACUUCGGACAAGAAGGCAUGACCGAAGUUCAGUGUGGCAAGGUGACUGUCCAGUUUCAGUGCUCCUCGGAUAGCACCAAUGGCACUGGGGUACAGGGAGGGCAGAUCCCAGAACUCAUAUUCUAUGCUUGAACCUUCCUUUGCUUACGCAUCAUGAGGCACCCACAUGGGCCAUCCUUGCCUGACGCUUAGCUCGUCUCCAGAUAUGUGGUCAGCACAGGUAAUUUGUAAUGAAUGAAGCAGUAGGCAGUUUCUAAUGUCUUUGAACCUUUUAAUUAUGUACAGGCUAAAAUGCAACAUUCCGCUUUUAACUAUAUGCUUAGAAGAGCCAAGUUCUUACUCAGGCUUUGUGGUUUUAGAGUUGCGUCUGUAUGCCUACGGAGAUCACGUGCUUUUCCAAGUGCCCACCAACCUCCCACUUUUGUACCUCUGAAGAAGAUUUUGAAUUGACUUGAAUUUCCUUUGAUGAAUGGAAGUAUGUAUCCUAAAGUAAUAUCAAGUUAUUUUUCAACGGAACCCCUCCUUUCCUCUCAAAAUAAAUAAAAACAAAAAACAGGUGAACCUCA